AUGGACGGAAGUGAGCGGCGGCAAGCUGAUUGUGUGCCACUCAAUCCGAUUGAGCAGGAGAUAGAGGAGUUGAACAGGGAUUUGCAGGACAUUUCAGCGUGUCGAGACAACCUGGAAAAUGCAUUUGUGAGCUAUACUGAUAUCAAAUCAGUUAAGCAACUUAAUGACAAGCUGCUCUUUGCAAUCAAGGCACCAGACGAGACAUCCAUAGAAUACCCGAAAUAUGAGAAGGGGAGUUACAGAAUGAAGAUAUCGACCGAUAAGGGGGAAAUCAGCGUAUUCUACAUCGAUAACAAGCGACAUUCAACCAAAAAGGAGUGA